UUUAGUAUCCUCGGCCACAAUACUGAACUGAGCUGGUCGCUUCGUAAAAGUAAUGGUCUGUAAUAGUCUAUUUUUCCAUAAUUUUGGGGCGCGAGUAUAAAUAUAAAUGUUGAUCUCAGAGCUGUGCGCGGACGCGUUGGAAUUGAGUAACAUCAGCAUGUCGGCAGCGCUGAUCAUGUAACUAUCCCACGUCGUCGCCGUUUUACGAGCGAGCGAACGGACGAGUUUGGAACGAACAGCUCGACGUGUCGAGAUCUUUCGGCUGAAUGUCAGAAUAUCGUCUCCGAUCGGUGGUUCGAAUCGCAGAAUACCGAAAAUAAUUAAGAGCUUCAUUAAAUCAAUCAAUUUGAGUGUUCGAUUGGAUGCCGCAUUUCUGAAACUUGGCGAUUCUUGCAUAGGUCAGGCGUCCCGCUCGCCAACGAUUCCAGGAAUAAUCGUUGGAUCGGUUACCCUUCAGUGCGUAGAAUAUUUGAGCAAUGAUAAGGUGGAGGAAAGAGGCAUAAUGAUAUUGUGUCCCAUUCUAAGACAUAUCCAUUAGAAUAAAAAAGAAGAAUGCCAGAAUAUCCGCGAAUGACAAAAUUAGGAUAUACUAUUUUGACGAGAUCAAGAUCGGAUCUGCGGUUCAAUAUUUAGUACUGACAAUUGUAUGUGGUCAUAGCCUGUGAGAAAGAAUGGGCUUCUCCACAAGCCUACAAGGCCAGGCAUCACAUGAGGCGUUGCUGGGUCGUCAGGAUGCCGAGAUCAAGCUGCUAGAAACUAUGAGAAGAUGUCUUACGACAAAGGUUAAGUCUGAUCGAGAAUAUGCCUCUACUAUCUCCUCGCUCACUGCUCAGGGAAAGAAGAUUGAACGCAAUGAGGACCUUGUUGGAAGUCUCAUAGCACAGAGUUGGAGAGAUAUAAUGGACUCUAUCGAUCAGACGGCAAAGUUGAUUAAACUGCAGGCUGAUUCUAUUGAGAAUAUUGUGAUAGAUCAAUUGAGCGCUUUGUAUUCCGAAAGGAGGAGAGCCAGAAAGCUGUAUCAGGAAGAACAGACUUGGCUAAAUAACCAGUUUCAACAACUGACAGAUGAUGUAUCUAGGAAAAAAAUGGAGUAUCAGAAGAACCUGGAAAUGUAUAAAUUGAUGAGGUCGCGAUUUGAAGAACAUUAUGUUAAGUCUGGUAGGGGUGGUCGCAAGUUGGAUGAAGUGAGAGAAAAGUACCAGAAAGCAUGUAGAAAACUUCAUUUAACACACAAUGAAUAUGUACUACUAUUGGGUGCUGUGACAGAAUGCGAACAUGAUUUAAGAACUUGCUACUUGCCAAGUUUGCUUCAUCGGCAACAAGCUAUUCAUCAAGAGUUUAUAACUUCUUGGAAAGGAAUACUUCAGGAUAUUGUAAAAUACUCAGAUUUUACAACAGAAAAAUUCCUGGAGAUACAUGUACGAAUGCAAAAAGCAAUCGAUAGCGUCAAACCUAUCGAAGAAUAUAGAGAUUUUAUUGAGAAGCAUAGAACUAGACCAGCAUCUCCAAUCAGAUUCACAUUUGACGAGAACCUUGUAGAUGACACUUCAGGAAAAUUGUCACCGAACAAAUUGACCGUGGAUAAUCUGACUAUAGAUUGGCUGAGAAGUCGUCUGACGGAACUCGAAACUUCCUUCAAGACCACGCAGCAAAAUCGACAGAGUCCGCAAUUCUUGCAAGAAAACAACAGCGAUUCUAAGAUUUCGAUCUUGGACUAUUCUCGCGAGCGAGAAGAGUUGAGAUUACGUUGUCAGGAAAAGAAAUUGCAAAGACAAGUGGACGUCAUAAGAGGUGCUCUCAAUGAAUUAGGCUGUGAGGAAUUACCUUCAGGUUGUGAUCUUUCCAUGGAAGGUUCCUUCACCGACUCACCUACCAUUAGCAAAAGAAACACAAUCCCAGAUAGUGGUCUGUUUACACUAAGGAGAAACCAACGAUUCAUGACAAUAUUUAAAUCACCUUUCAAAUCUUUACCAGCAAUUAAUGAUUCGAAAAAUGGAUUGAUUAGGGCAAAUAGCGAAGGACCUACAGUCAAAGCAGAUAAUGUCCCCCCUGUUGUACCGUUGCGUGGAAUUUCUCAUUUAACUAAUAAUCAAAAAAGUAACAGCAAUGGCGGGCUUAUGGAGGAAGAGUGGUUUCACGGAGUGUUACCGAGGGAAGAGGUAGUAAGAUUACUCGUUAAUGAGGGGGAUUUUCUGGUACGCGAAACGACAAGGAACGACGAGUGUCAGAUAGUUUUAUCCGUUUGUUGGGACGGACACAAGCAUUUUAUCGUACAAACUACGCCAGAGGGACAUUAUAGAUUUGAAGGACCCACAUUCCCAUCCAUUCAAGAGCUAAUUAGGCAUCAAUGGUUAUCCAGUCUACCGGUAACCAGUCGAUCUGGUGCUAUUCUUAAAACGCCAAUUUUGCGCGAGCGCUGGGAGCUUAAUAAUGAUGAUGUCAUCCUUUUGGAGAAAAUAGGUCGAGGAAAUUUCGGUGACGUCUACAAAGCGCAAUUAAAGACGUGCAAGACCGAGGUGGCCGUGAAAACCUGCAAGGUAACGUUACCGGACGAGCAGAAACGCAAGUUUUUACAAGAGGGCAGAAUACUAAAGCAAUACGACCACCCGAACAUAGUAAAACUUAUCGGUAUAUGCGUCCAGAAACAGCCGAUUAUGAUUGUGAUGGAACUGGUGCCCGGUGGCUCGUUGCUCACAUACUUGCGAAAGAACUCUGGCACGAUAACACAGCGAGAACAACUGCGUAUGUGUAAGGAUGCCGCGGCUGGUAUGCGCUAUUUGGAAUCCAAGUAUUGCAUUCAUAGAGACUUGGCGGCUCGAAAUUGUCUCGUAGGAUACGAGUGCAUAGUCAAAAUUUCCGACUUCGGUAUGUCGAGAGAGGAGGAAGAGUACAUAGUUUCGGAUGGCAUGAAACAAAUUCCUAUCAAGUGGACCGCACCGGAGGCGCUGAAUUUCGGUAAAUACACAUCGCUGUGCGACGUGUGGAGCUACGGAAUCUUGACAUGGGAGAUAUUUUCCAAAGGCGGCAAUCCGUACAGCGGUAUGUCGAAUUCGCAGGCCCGCGAAAAAAUAGAUGCAGGAUAUCGAAUGCCAGCUCCAGAUGGAACACCUGAUGAGAUCUACCGUUUAAUGCUGCGGUGUUGGGAAUAUGAACCGGAGAAACGGCCGCAUUUUGAUCAAAUAUACAUCGUAGUUGAGACACUGUCUCAAGCGUAUCUGUGAGUAUUAUAUUAGGAGUAUUUUUAUGGAUUAUCCAGAAAGUAAACAGUAUAUAUCAAGUUGAUGUUAGCUUUUCCCGAUAUUAAGUUUCCCGACCGUUACUUUGUAUAUUUACGUCUUGCCGAAAUCUCAACACGGCAGUCCAUGAGAUUUGGAAUUUGAAAUGUACAAAAUUAUUGCAAAGUCGAAUUAUAUAUUUUAUAAUUUAGGU